AUGGCAGACGACGAACCACAAGCAGUGCAGGUGACCAGAUCCCCCGAUGGCAUCACCACCAUAACCAUCAAUCGAGAGCACCGGCGGAACGCAAUCGAUGGGCCAGCGGCACGCAAACUUACAGAGGCCUUCCUAGCAUUUGAAGACGACUCUUCCCAGAAAGUUUGCGUCUUUUAUGGGGCAAAUGGCACCUUCUGCGCCGGCUUCGACCUUCACGAGGUCGCAAAGUAUGGACAUGAAUCUGGCAAAGACAACUACAAGGGCCCCAUCAUCGACAACAGCCACCGUGUUCAAGGCCGCAAUAUCGGCCCCAUCGGACCAUCACGAAUGCAAAUCAAGAAGCCAGUCAUUUGCGCUGUAUCAGGUUUCGCCGUCGCCGGUGGCCUAGAGCUGUCUCUGCUGGGCGACAUCCGUGUUGCGGAAGAAGACGCCGUCUUUGGCGUCUUUUGCCGACGGUUCGGCGUCCCCCUCAUCGACGGCGGCACUGUUCGCCUGCAAGCCAUCGUGGGCCUCGGCCGCGCCCUCGACAUGAUCCUCACCGGCCGCGGAAUAUCUGCGCAGGAAGCCCUGCAGAUGGGUCUGGCUAACCGAAUCGUACCCAAGGGCCGGGCUCUGGCGGAAGCGACGAGCAUUGCGCGGCAGCUGCUGGCGUUCCCACAGGCCUGCAUGAACACCGACAGGACGAGCUGUUAUUACUCCGCUUAUAACGCCAGCUCGUUUGAAGACGCUCUCAGCAACGAGUUUGACCAGGGCAUCAGGGUGAUCAGCACGGAGAGUGUCCAGGGUGCAGCGGAAUUUGCCAAGGGAGCGGGACGGCAUGGCCACUUUGAGAAGGCCCAGAUUUGA